AUGUUGUAUGACCUUCUUGAUAAGGCGUUUGAUCCUAUUUGCAGGAUUUUGUUAAAGAUCUUUGCUUCCGUGUUCAUCAGGAAACUAGGUACAGAGAUAUCUGUGCAGUUAAUCUGGAAGCUUCCACCAAAUGUGGUCAAAGAAUCUGCCAGAGCUUCUUUCUCAGUUUUGGGUGACAUACUUGGUUCUUCUAUGCAAAAUACACAGAAUCUCCUUGGCUGUAGGGAACAAAAUAUGGUUCGAUUUGCUCCAAACAUAUAUAUCUUGAAUUAUUUGAAUGAAACACAGCAAUUGACUCUAGAAAUACAAUCUAAGGCCAUUGGCUAUCUCACCAAUGGGUACCAGAGACAGUUGAACUACAAACACCAAGAUGGUUCCUACAGCACAUUUGGAGAGCAGUAUAACAGGAAUCCAGGCAACACUUGGCUCACAGCUUUUGUGCUGAAGACUUUUGCCCAAGCUCGAACUCACAUCUUCAUUGAUGAAGCACACAUUAACCAAGACCUCACUUGGCUCUCCCAGAUGCAGAAAGAUAACGGCUGUUUUAAGAGUUCUGGAUCGUUGCUCAACAAUGCCAUCAAGGGAGGAGUAGAUGAUGAAGUGACCCUCUCUGCAUAUAUUACAAUUGCUCUUCUGGAGAUUCCUCUCUCUUCCUCUCAUCAUGUUGUCCGCAAUGCCCUGUUUUGUUUGGAGUCAGCCUGGAACGCAGCUAAAGAGGGGACCCAUCGGAGUCACAUCUACACCAAGGCACUGUUGGCCUAUGCUUUUGCCCUAGUGGGAAAUCAAAAUAAGGAAAUACUCAACUCUCUUAACAAGGAAGCUAGGAAAGAAGACAAUUCAAUACACUGGAAGUGACCUGAGAAACCCAAUUUACCAAUGGACCAAUUUUACCAACCCAAAGCUCCUUUAGCUGAGGUGGAGAUGACUUCCUAUGUGCUCUUGGCUUACCUCACAGCCCAGCCCAGCCCAACCCAAGACCUGACAUCAACGAGUCACAUUGUGAAGUGGAUCAUAAAGCAACAAAAUUUUCAAGGAGGCUUCUCCUCUACUCAGGAAACUGUAGUGGCCCUCCAGGCGCUGUCCAAACAUGGAGCAGCAACUUAUACUAGAACUGCGAGGGCUGCAAGUGACCAUCCAGAAUUUUCAGACAAAUUUUCAACAAAUUUCCAAGUGGACCACAACCACCUUCUUCUACUACAGCAGGUCCAAUUGACAGAGCUACCUGAAGAAUAUGCCAUAACAGUGACUGGGGAAAGAUGUGUGCAUCUGCAGACAUCCUUAAAGUACAAUAUUCUUCCAGAGAAAGAUUAUUUCACAUUUGCUUUGGAGGUAUACAGUCAGCCCCAAACUUGUGAUGGACCAAAGGUACAUACCAGCUUCCAAAUAUCACUGAACAUCAGUUACAAAGGUAGUCACCCUGUCUCUAAUAUGGUGAUUGCUGAUAUAAAAAUGGUGUCUGGUUUUAGCCCCAUGAAACCAACAGUAAAAAUGCUUGAAACAUCUAGUAAGAUGAGCAGGACAGAGGUGAACUCCAAUCAUGUCCUCAUUUAUGUGGAUCAGGUAAGCUCUGUAACUAUUUGGCUGAAACUACAUACACUGGUGACAAAUCAGACUCUAAACUUUUCCUUUAUGGUUCAACAAGACAUCCCAGUACAAGACCGAAAGCCAGCAGUUGUUAAAGUCUAUGAUUACUAUGAAACAGGAACAGUCAAGGAUAAGGAACGUUUCUGGAUAAUAAUUAAGAAGUAUAUUUGUCACGUGCACCCUCGCAGUAUUGAAAAUGAGUAUUAG